UUCUCAUUACCAUAGAUAUGACUUUAGAACGUAUUCACGAUGGGAUUUUCAAUUUAGUUUGCGAUAAAGUUUACAAAAAUGAGUGUCUGUGAUAAAAACGUUAAUGUUGAUGCGUGUACAGAAAUCGUAAGAAAAAAGAUAAAAGAUGUCAAGCAUUUAAAAAAUAUAAACACUGAUGAUAUUUAUAUACAAAGAUUUCUGUAUAGUACUGGUUGUUUAGAUACAGAAGAAGCCUUUCAAAGAAUGCUGCUAUACCACGAAACAAUAGUAAAAAUACCCGACUAUUAUCCCAAACUAGGCCCUAAAGAUAUAAAGGAUGUCUUAGAUAUGAAUUUCUCAGUAGUUUUAGACGAUUGUGAUAAGGAAGGGAGACCAAUUUAUUAUGAAAAAAUGGGCAGACUUGAUCCAGCAAGAUUAACUUCUAUGGACGUAAUCGCAGCUGAAGAAAUUUGGUUCGAAUAUAUCUUAAGCAGACAUCCUGAAAAAGCGGGAAAAGGCUUAUGUAUGCUUGUUGAUGUCAGUGGAUAUAGCUGGAAACUUUUUAAAUGGUUAACGCCAAGUGCUCUAUCUAAUGGAAGACGUAAAAUAGACGCUAUACCUUUUAAGGAAAUACAGGUGCAUAUUGUUAAUCAUUCCCUUAUGGUGGAUGUAGCACUUAAAUUAGCGUGGCCAUUUGUUCCAGAAGAACGAAAGAAAACGGUACACUGCUAUUUUAACAAUUAUGAAACUUUAUUUGAGCAUAUAGAUAAAAGUGUGCUUCCUGCAGAGUAUGGUGGCGAAAACGAAGUUAACUUUACAAAACUUACUCAAAAACUUUAUGAUAGAAAUGAAGAAAUUUCAAGAAAUUUUCAGCUGUACAAAAAUGUUAUUAAACUAUAAAUAUAUGUUAAAAUGGU